CCGAUUUGUUUCAGCCCGCGUCGAGUCCCCGUUCGACAUAUCCCCCCUCCCCUCACAAGGGCCCUGUUCAGCUUCGCUGGUUCCUUCGUCGUGCAAGGCAUAGGGAAGGGUUGAUCGAGUCAUCAACAACGUAUAGGGGUCCACUCUCGUACUCCACUGGCCCCUGUUGGUCCCCAGUUUCAUCGAUCAUGAGCACAAAUCACUCAGUGCAGAAACGUGCCUCGAAUUCCGAUUCGAUCUCUGGGAUGACCAUAAGCAAUUCUGGUAUCCCAAUGGCAAAUGUGUCCAACAGAACGAAAACUCUUUCGGACGACACUGGCGCGUCGUCUGCGCCUGUCGUGCACGACGAUGACGAUAAAGUCUGGUUUUCCGAAAAUUUCUUUUCGAAGGAGCCUUCUACCAGCAGAGCGCGCGCAUUGUAUCUGAAAAUCGUGUUUGGUACAAGCUUCAUGAUCACCGUUUUUAUCAUGACAGUUCUGCCGAUCUAUUGGGGCGCACUGUGGAAAGUGCCUUCGCAUGUGCACAAUUUGAAAGGAUGGAUCGUCGACUUCGAUGGCGCUCAAAUGGGCCAAUUUGUCACGCAAGCUUUCAUUUCGAGCUCUGGGUUACCAACGAGGAUGACAUGGGAGGUGGUUUCACCUGACCGAUUUCCGAACGGUCAAGCCGACAUAAUUGAUUUACUUGUGCACGAGCACACUUGGGCGAUUGUUGCUAUAAACCCUGGUGCGACAAACUCCUUCAAUAGUUCCAUCGCCUCAACCAAUGGAUCCUACAAUGGAUCGUCGGCUGUCACGAUCUACACAGAGGAAGCGCGAAGCGAAAACGCAUACAAUCAAAUUAUCAAACCUAAUGUCGAGAUAGUCAUGAAGAACGCUUCUUCAAUUUUUGCCGCUAGUUCCACAAACCAGUUAGCGUUAGGCGGUCGCAACUUGAGCAAUAUCGCUAUCAAUGCGCCACAACUGCUCUCAGCCCCAUUAUAUUAUACAGUUUACAACACGCGACCUUUUGAUGUACCUGUCGCAGCUGCGGUGGAUUUUGUUGGACUUAUCUAUUUAUUGAUCGUUGCCUUCGUCACCUCGCUGGUUAAUACUGUUGCGCGCACCGAUGUAACCCAUAUUGAAGAUCGCCUUCGGUUCCGCUCAUUGAUGCUCGCCCGAGCCAUCGUCCCUAUCUUGAUCUAUUUCUAUCUCUCAUGCUUCUUCUCUAUGAUCUCGCUCGCCUUUCAGGCCCCAUUUAACAGGACAUUUGGUCACUCGGGGUUUGUGAUAUAUUGGAUGCUGUCAUGGAUAGCGAUGUGUGCUCUCGGUUUGGCCGUGGAAGCAAUGGUCACACUCAUUACGGUCCGAUUCAUCCCGUUUUUCCUCAUCUUAUGGAUUAUCGGCAGGUUGCUCCUCAUUCCAAACGUAUCCGUGUGCUUUAUGCCCAUUUCGGUCUUGCCAAGGGUCUACCGCUACGGCUACGCAAUGCCGUUCUAUAACGUGCAGCGUGCAGUACGCACCAUCGUGUUUAAUACUAAGAAUGACCUGGGUCUGAACUUCGGUGUUCUAAUCGCAUGGUCACUGAUCUCGCUGAUGACUAUGACGCUCUUCCAAUAUAUGGCACGACGCCGCGCGAUCAAGCAACACGUAGAGUCGAUCUAAAAGUCAUACGUAUUGGAACGCGACAUUACUUAUCUAUUAUCCCCUUUUUGGAGGGGGGCGGACAGCCUCGACAGCAUUCUAUCAAGGGGCUUCUCAUUAACUUGCUCAUGUCAUUAUGACUGGACAUAUGAUCGUUCGUUUCAAAUGUAGAUGGAUGUGAAUGGCACUACAUUAUUAUGCCCUUUAUUCAUAGCU